UUUGUUUUGUAUUGUAAAAACAAUUAAACAAAAAUAUGCAUUACAAAGAAAAACAUUAUAUAUGCAUAGAAAAAGGUGACUCGAGAGGAUAUUAAUAAAUUUGAUCCAAGGUUUUUAUGUCAUCCAUCUGGUCUUAUUUCCUAGAAUUCUUUCGUUUGGAAUACAACCCUUUUAUUUUAAUGACUUAAAGUUUAAGUAUCUAGGAAAUACGUAUCUUGCAGUAUAUUUGUGUUAGUUACCCAUAAAAGUCUCUGCUUAAAGAAAAAGUGGAGAUAAGUCCCAUAGAAAACAAUUCUACGAGAUAAGUCGUCUAUAAUACCACCAUUACUUAGACAAAACUAUUUCGUUUGCAAACUUAUUUUAGUUAUCUUAUAAUAAGCCUGCUGUAUGGUUUUUAAAAGGUAUAUACUCUUUUAAUCUUAACUAAUACGAAUAUUUAAGUGUUAUAGAAAUUAAGUCUACAUGUCCCUCCCUUAAUACCAAAACCACUAUGACUUUCUCAAAACCAUUCUUCCUUUACCUCCUCUUCCUCUUUCCUCUCCUACACGUUUCACACCCAAAACAAUGCCCUCCUGCCUCAUGUGGCCGCGACGAUGUCCAUGUCCGUUUCCCUUUCUGGUUACUCUCAGAACAGGCUAAGUUCUGUGGCUAUGCGGGAUUCAAUCUCCACUGCACAGUUAGUCCCAGCAGGACAGCUCUCAAGCUUCCUAAUUCCGGAACAUUUCUUGUCCGGAAGAUCGACUAUUUAAGUCAGCAGAUUCGUCUCUAUGACCCUGAAAAUUGUUUGGCAAGAAAGCUUUUGACCUUUGACAUUUCAGGAUCUCAAUUCUCUGUUCUCUACCUCGUCAGCUACACGUUCCUGAGCUGUCCUAAUGAGGUUGCAGAGUCGUCCGGGUUUGACUCCAUCCCAUGUCUAGGCAAUUCAACAACCUCUUUUUUGGCUACAACUAGUUUGGAUCUCGCGAAAUCUAUGCUGCCUUCUUGUCAGAUCGCAAAGACAGUAGCUAUUCCAGUUUCUCGGCCGUUUGUUUCUGAGAAACCAAGAUUCUCGACUGAUGUCAACGAUCAAGACCUUUGGCUAAAAUGGGAUUCUCCAAGUUGUAGCGUUUGUGAGAUGAAGUAUUUGAGAUGUGGUUUCAUAAGCAAUGCUUCUCUUGAAGUCAAAUGUUUCUCUUUUGAAAAAUCCGGUCCUUUAGGCAAUGUUUAUGUAAGCGUGUCCAUAAGCGUAGCAAUCACCCUCUUUGCUAUUUUUAUUGCUAUCCGGAUAUACAAAUCCCAUAGGUUCGGUUUCCGAGGACAAGGGCAUUCAGCUAUUACAGGCGCAACCGUAACGCAGCAACCAAGAGAGGUUAUUACGGCCACGAGGGGUCUUGACCAAUCGACAAUAGAAACAUACACGAAAAUAGAGUUGGGAGAAAGUAGAAGGCUUCCGGGAAAUAAUGGAAUUGUAUGUCCGAUUUGUUUAUCAGAGUAUGCGAGCAGAGAGAGCAUACGGUCCAUACCGGAAUGUGAGCAUUGCUUCCACGUGGAAUGUAUUGAUGCGUGGCUCAAGAUUCAUGGUUCAUGCCCUCUUUGGUUUCCAUCUGCUGUAAGGAUAUGUGAUUUGAUGUUCNGAAAAUAG